UGAUAAAGUGUUCUUAUGAAAACCAGAGAAAUUAAGGAACCGCGAAAAUGUUGUGCAUGUGCCAAAAAUCUAAAAAAUACACCAUAAAUACUGACAGAACCAAUAGUGAAAUAUCUUUAAACAGAAGAGAAACGAUUAAGCCGAUCACUAACGGUGUAGACGCAGAAUCACAACCUACGAGUACUCAGCAGGUAGGUCACAAAAAUGCUCCACGAGACGAAAGGAAUUCUUCAAAUAGGUACAAAGAUACAUCGAAAACGGUGCAAAUUGAACUGGAAGCCAGAAAAGAUUCGUUGAAAAAUACCGCCUCGAAGCCUGCAGAUGCACCAAGAACUAUAAAUGGCGAUGUGGAAGAACGAUCCGAUUCAAAAAUAUCAUUAACUGAAGACGCGUCUUUCGAAUCACUGAAUAUUUCUCGAGACACUUUAAUCGGUCCCAGUAGUAGCUUACAGAUUGAAAAUGCAUCGGAUGAGUCGAACAGAUCGUCUUUUGUGGAAGACAAAGGGGUUAGCAGAAGAAGAUCGGGAGUUCCGGCAAGUAUACCCCUGGGUAUCGAAGACACUUCCAAGACGAUGUUGCCGGUAUAUCCAAAAAGUUCCGAGGACGAACAAAAAAUCAAAAGCGCCAUCGAAAAGAACGAUUUCCUUGGGAAAAUUCUUAGCGGUAAACGUCUUGAAGACGUUAUAAAUGCAAUGUCGUUAAGGGAGGUGAGCGCCAAGCAAAAGUUGAUCAAGCAAGGCGAAAAAGGUUCAGAAAUGUACGUGUCAAAAGAGGGAAAAUACCGCGUGAUGGUCAAAGGAAAAGCCGUCGGCGAUUUCGACGACAUCAGGGUGUUUGGCGAGCUAGCUAUAUUGUAUAACGCGAAGAGGCUUGCCUCAAUACAGGCAUUGACUGACGGAAAAGUGUGGGUUCUAGACAGACGCGUUUAUCAAAAAAUCGUCAUCAGCUCGAAUAUAAAAGAGGAAGAAGAAAACCUUAGGUUCUUACAAAAUGUGGAUUCUCUUAAGGUCGUUGAUGUGGAUAUUCUGCGACAGGUUGCGAAUCUUCUAAAACCCGAAUUCUUCCCGUCGGGUACGCAAAUCAUCAGGCAGGGCGACAAAGGAAAUAAAUUCUACAUCAUCAGGGCAGGUACAGUGACUAUUUCCAAAAGUGGCGAAGGAAUAAUUGGUACGCUGGGAGAAGGGACGUGUUUUGGCGAACUGGCUCUCCAAAAGGAAGACACCAGACAGGCCACGGUUACCGCGGAUGCUCCGGGUGUCGACUGUAUGACCCUUACCAGGACGGACUUCAAAGAUCAUUUUGGAGACGUUGAAAUACCAAAAAUCGAAAUUAAAAGAGGGUCGUUCAGGGAAGAAGCCAAAGCCGAGUACCAGGAUAUUGGCCUAUCCGACUUGAAAAUAUUAAAAACAUUGGGAGUCGGUGGGUUUGGACGAGUAGAACUAGUGCAGCACAAAAAGAAAAAGGAUUUAGUAUUCGCGCUGAAAUAUUUGAAAAAAAUCGAAGUGGUGUACCAAAACCAACAGGAACACGUGUACAAUGAAAAAAUGAUCCAGAUGAACUGCAAGUCAAAUUUCAUCGUCAGACUUUACAGAACGUAUAAGGAUAAUAAAUACGUUUACUUUUUAAUGGAAAGUUGUCUCGGUGGUGACCUAUUCUCCCUUCUGCAUAAACAAAAGAAUAAACGGUUUGAAGAAAAGGAUGCGAAAUUUUUAUCGGCCUGCGUACUGGAAGCUUUCGAAUACCUUCACAACAAAGCAAUAGUGUACAGGGACCUGAAACCGGAGAACUUGUUGGUGGACAGACACGGCUAUCUAAAACUAACGGACUUUGGGUUUGCGAAAAAAAUGCCAGCCAGAGGAAAGACCUUUACUUUUGCCGGAACACCCGAAUAUGUUGCACCCGAAAUAGUUUUGAAUAGGGGUCACGAUAAAGCCGUCGACUACUGGGCUUUCGGAGCGUUCAUUUUUGAAUUACUAUCGGGUAGAACACCAUUCCGAACGGGAGACAACAGUCACAUGCGAACUUACAACAAAAUCUUAAACGGAAUAGACAACGUCAAUUUCCCCACUUAUAUCAAUUUGAAGGCGAGGAAUUUAAUUGAAAAAUUGUGCCGGCCUGUGCCGUCGGAACGCUUGGGGAUGUUGAGAGGCGGAACGAAAGAUAUUAAAAUGCACAAGUGGUACCAAGGUUUCGAAUGGGUGAGAUUCAGCCAAUGCCAGUUACAGUCGCCAUUUAAACCAAAACUCAAGGAUGUGACAGACACGAGUCAUUUUGACCAGUUUAGGCAAGACAAGGAUUAUCCGCCCGAUGAGACUUCCGGCUGGGACGUCAAUUUUUGAAAAUAUAGUUUUAAAUUUAUUGUAUAUAAACUAGGACCAUAAUUUUAUACCAAGCUGGAGGAUUCUGGGAUAUUUUUUGUAGUACGCUAAGAUAAUAUUUAGAAAAUAAUUUAUUGCACCUAGUAAACUUCGUCUUCACUAUUACUUCAGUUAUUUUGUUGAUAAUUUGACUAGAUUAUUUACAGGUAACAGAAACACUAUAUCGAAGACUUUGAUAUCAUUACGACAUUAUAUAACAAUCAUAAUUAUUAUUAUUAAUAUUAAAAUCUUU